UUUAUGCAUCACAAAAAUGUAUAUGUUCUUCUGUCUCACCAGAAUGUGGGUUUAUGUUUGUUUCAUUUAUUAUAGUUUUUUUCUCUUUUGUGAGGUUGGGGGUCUUGCGAUUUAUGUUUUAUGACGUUCAGUAUUCUGCCACCGAAUACUGCAUGGUAUACUGGAAUUCAUAUGCUGUCUUAAUCAAGCUUGCACAGAAAACUCAUCUUAAGUUGGCUAUGAUACUGCUAAACGAAAGGGAAAGAAGGAAAGGGAUUCACGUAAAGAUUUGGCUAGGGAAUCUCGGAUCCCGCCGCAUUUGGAGCUUUUACAAAGAGCCCGCGUUCCUGAUCACGUUUCAUACCCAUUGUUCAAGGAAUCAACAACUCAUGCUCGCUUUUCUACACUAGUUAUGUAUAAUUAAUUCAAGGAUGCCCAGAGGAUUACGAAGGAGGUCAAGAGUAGUUUUCCAAUGAUCCAGAGAGAUUGGCUGAACUCCGGAGACUAGAGCAGGUUGUGGAGCACAUCAGUGUUGCUCUAAACCUUAUCUAUCGAUUAGGAACUCUUGACCCAUCACUUAAGGGUUGUUUGAGUUCAGCCAUCAUCCAUUCUUUGCCACAGCCGUUGUCAGGAGAUCUUGAAGGUUCUUUUGAUGAUUUCUACCAAUUUUGAAACACUUAUAGAGGCAUUUGAGUCCUCUGAAACAAUUGUAAUAUUAGUAUGUUUUAGAUCAAUGUUCUAAAUUAUUUAUUAUAAACACAUUCUUUUUUUCUCUGAUUUUGUAAAUGACUAAGGGAUGUAUCUCAAAACAAAAUGAGAAUUGUGCAGUGCAAUGCAAGGUAAAUACAUGCAUGUAGUCUGAAAGUUAGGAUGUCAACUCAACUAACAUUUUAUCUGUUUUCUGCCAAACUCAGAACCAAUGGUUUCUUCCAUUCCAAGUUAUUUGACUUCUGUGGUUAAAUGUCAAAGAUGGCUUCCUUUUUGCUUUUUCCUCUCUUCCGUAUAACAUGCUAUUCCUCUUUCUGGUAAACAAAUUGCAUCAAAAAGGUUGCCAUCAAGCUCCAACUGCUCAA